AUGUUUUCCAACGACGACUUCGUCCACAUUUCAACCAGCCCAGGUCCUCAGCCCAAGUCCGGCUGGGGCGUUGGCGGCAAAUUUUUCGAUAGCUGCAAAGGACAGCGAUGGUUCACAGAGGCCGUCAUAGUAGAUGCGAUCUCACUAAGCUUCCCCCGACAUCAUCUCACAGUCAGCCCGUCGGACUCUUGCGAUCUGCUUGCUUUCGCAGAUGCACGUGACGAUGCACAUUACUCCCUCCUCGACGAGGACUCGCUCGUGGAGCGGAAGUUCCAACUUCCUCUACGACGAUACAACGACCAAAUUGGAGGAUCUUUCGGUGAGAAGGUUGUCCUGGGAAAGUUCGAUUAUGAGUUUCAAGGAAAUGAGUUCCUCCUGUAUGUCGUUGAGGGAUCCGACGGCCUGGUCGCAAAGACACGCAACAACUAUAUUCUCGUUGCACCUGAGCAAGAAGGGAAAUAUAUGACGCCUGAGGAGAAGGCGUCCGCACAAAAGAAAACAGAUGAAUUGAUCGCUGCAUGCUCCAGGUGGAUGGAAGAGCUCCACAGCGAGGUCCUAGUAUUCGAUCAAGGAUUCUGGCAAAAGAACACAGAAUUAUGGCAGAACAUCCAGAAAUCGGCGUGGGACGACGUCAUAUUAGAGAAGGACAAGAAAGACGCUAUCAUUGACGAUGUGCUUGGAUUUUUCGAUGGAGAGGAACGAUAUACGGAAUUUGGCGUCCCUUGGAAGAGAGGGGUCAUUUUCCAUGGUCCACCUGGUAAUGGCAAAACAAUAUCUACCAAAGCUCUCAUGCACGACAUAUCCAAGCGCAAAAACCCAAAGGUCGAGUCGCUUUAUGUAAAAUCAUUCAACAGCUAUGCAGGACCAGAGUUCGGCAUCCGUCAAAUAUUCCUUAAGGCUCGCCAAAUGGCCCCAUGUAUCCUAAUCUUCGAGGAUAUCGAUUCCCUCGUCAACGUCGCCGUGCGCAGCUACUUCCUCAAUGAGGUCGAUGGGCUAGAAUCCAACCAUGGAAUCCUCAUGAUUGGCAGUACCAACCAUAUAGAACGAUUAGACCCAGGCAUCGCCAAACGACCAAGCCGCUUUGACAGGAAAUACUUCUUCGAUGUGCCCAACCGGGACGAGCGGGUCCAAUAUUCCGAAUACUGGCGCCACAAGCUACGGAAUAACGACAAGGUCGAUUUUCCUAAGGAAAUGUGUACCCGAGUCGCAGACAUCACCGGCGAUUUCAGCUUUGCCUAUAUGAAGGAGGCGUUCGUCGCUGCCCUUCAGGUUCUCGCUGGGCGGCAAGACGAGAAGAGGAAGUGCAGAUCUCGAGAGAGCGACCUGCGGGACAAUGCUCUGUGGAUAGAGUUAAAAAAGCAGAUCGAGGCGCUAAGGAAGGAAAUCAACGGAGAGGCUGAGAGUACCAGCCCUAGCACGACGAGCCAGGUGGUUGCGGACAACGAAUAUCCUGAUCUCAACAUGGAGAGCGAUCUCUGGCCAGUUAUGAGUCGGAACGAGCUAAGGAUGCAGAUCGAGGCGUUAAGGAAGGAGAUCGGCCGCGAUACUGAGAACAGAACGGGGAGCGGGUUCCGGCCAGUCAGGAGUGAUGCCCUUGAUGGUAGUGAUGCCAUGGGGACAUAUCCCAUCCAUAUCAGAAACCCGGUCAUGCCACGAUAUAUGUAG